AAGCCAGGGGUGUCAGAAGCCUUAACAUGAUUCUGUGCCCAAAUUCAGUUAUCUUUGAAAGCAUCUGAAUGCCCACCUUCUUUAGGCUUAUGAGAACUCCAGUCCUGCAUCCUAACAUCAUGAGAGUCCUCUGAUUUUGUCAAGAACCAUAUUUCAGAUUUAUAGCUUUGUCAAGGGCUGUAGUAAAUCUGUCAGUCAUAUCUGCAGGAUGAUCUGAAGUUGAAGUUAGCUCUUCUUUGAGCCAGGGAUUACACUAGAUGACCUCUUGAGGUGUCUUCCAACCUACAUUAUUCUAUGAUUAUGCAGCAAGGCAGGAUGCUUGCAGCAUGGUAGCUGCACAGUAAAAAUCAUGCGGCAAGCGUUCAAAGAAGCUUUGAAAGUGGUGAUGGAGAAGGUGCUGAAACAUGUUAUAUUGGAUGCUGUGCAGACAUCAGUGACCUGCCCUGAGGAGCCUGUCUUCUGAACCAGCGUAGAAACCUAAUAGACGACACAGGAGGACGUUUUCCUGUGUAGAACAUCAGCAUGUACUUAUGAGUUCAGGCUUUGCAUGGAUUUGGAUCUCAUCAGAUGAGCUCACUGGGGCCCUGUUUUUGCAAGUGUUACGUUACAAGAGCAGUUGUGAUCUGUGCAUUUUGAAAUCACAGCAUGAGCAAAGGAGAGAACUUCUGAUGCUUUGCUUCACUGUAUGAAAACAGGCACGGGGCCUUAUAAUGAAAAUGGAGCUUUUUGUUUUAGGUGCCUAGCUCAAGCUUGGCCCAGGAAGUAAAGAACAGAGGCUUGCAAUUGAAAAGAGUUGGCAGUUUUCUGCUGGUUUAUAGUGAAAAGGUUCCCAAAUUAGCUUCCUUGACAGUUUGAGGAGACAGAAAACAUGAACUGAUUUUUUUCACUUAUGGGUCAAGCUGGAGUUACACUGCCAAGUGUGAACACAAGGAGGCUUUGCUGUGCCCCCCUGGAGACUUUUCAUCAACUUCAGUAGACUUUGAAAUCCUUCAGGCAUUCUGCAUCCUACAACGUCCCCAAAAGUCUCCCUUUGAAUUGAGUACUGAAGUAUCUAUUAAUCCUGAAUGAAUGGGAAAAAGAAGUGUUUUCUUGCUUCCCCCACUCCUGCUUUUAGGGUGUUUCUAACACCAGUGCCAGUUACAACUGCAACUUAAUGCAUUUUCUCUUAUGCUGGACAGAGACACCUGUAAGCAAAUUUUUUCCUGUCCUGUCUGUGAAACUCUUGUGUCUUUUGUUUGUUAUGCACAUACCCUCUAGCUUUUAUCACAUUUUGUCACUGGUCAGUUUAAGAAAAACAUCAAAAUCCCUUGCUGGAGAAUUUGUGGUCUGCAAAGAGUUGUCAGUGUGUUGUGGAGCUGCACCUAAUGUGUCUGUCUUGUAAGUAUACCCUGAAUGUUCAAAUUGGGGGUCUCUUACACUCAUCCUUUGGAGGGCUGAGCCUAUAAAGCUGUGAUUCCUUCAGCAUCAAUAGAAGUUUUUUUUCCAGCCACUGUAGUCUCUCAAGCUGCUAAAUUGUGGUGCUUUAUCUCAAAGCAGGUGGAUAUUUUCUUCCUUUUAGCAUUUCUGUUAUUUACUUUGGUGUAAGAUCUUUUCUGGCCCAGCAGUUGAUGCAGCUAGUACUCUUCCCUUUUGUUCCAGCUGUGGAGAGGAGGUCGUGAAGUCUCCUUUGGGAGCUUGCCCUCUCCUUGGCGCUUUGCAGUGCGUGGCCUCCCUCCUGCAGCUUUCAGCUGUGUGAAGGUGUACGCGAGGCUUCAAGGUUGGGAUGGCCGACUGCCCUGCUUCUGCCUUAUUUGCACAUUGUUAGCAUCUCAAACUGGGAAUAAUUGGCAGUGUGUAUGGUGGUGGCUACUUGGCUGCCAGCUUAUUUUGCACGUUAAAAGACUAGUACUUAGGUUACCUUUCAAGUGAUGUUGAUGCUACCCAUAAUUAUUCUUAUAGAGAGAGUACACUUGGAAUUACAGUAAGUAAUUGUGUGGUAUGGUUUGACUUGAAGGAAGUUACACCCUUCCUGCUCAUGGGGUAGAUUGUGGCAAGUCUUAAGUAACAACUGUAGUCUUGCUGAUUUUCAGAAAACUCUUCUUCUGAAAGAUGAUUUGGGGCCUACCUACACAACAAGCUUCCUGUGCAAAGCAGGUGGCUAUGGUAGAAGUUCAGCUAGAUGCAGAACAUGACUACCCUCAAGGUCUCUUGAUAGCCUUCAGUGCCUGUACUACUGUCCUUGUUGCAGUUCACCUUUUUGCACUCAUGAUAAGUACCUGCAUUCUUCCAAAUAUAGAGGCUGUUAGCAACGUGCACAAUCUCAACUCUGUAAAGGAAUCUCCUCAUGAGCGUAUGCAUCGGCACAUUGAGCUUGCGUGGGCAUUUUCUACUGUCAUUGGGACUUUGCUCUUUCUUGCAGAGGUGGUGCUACUGUGCUGGGUGAAGUUUCUUCCUUUAAAGAAGAAAACUGAUAAUCCACUCCAGGGCAACAGUUCUACCAUCACAUCGGGACAGGCAGCAGCCAUUGCAUCAACGUCUAUUAUGGUUCCCUUUGGAUUGAUUUUCAUUGUGUUUGCAGUCCACUUCUACAGGUCACUGGUGAGCCAUAAAACAGACAGGCAGUUUCAAGAACUGAAUGAACUUGCUGAAUUUGCACGGCUCCAGGAUCAGCUGGAUCACAGAGGUGAUACUAUCUCCUCAGCUGUUACCCAUUUUGCAUAAACCUGUACUUAAAGAAAAUAAACCCACUAUUCUGCUUCUGCCAUGUUAGGUUGACUCCCCUGUGGAUGAACUGGUUGAGCUGUUGAUGAUUGUUUAAAGAGAGAUUAUGAUUGUUGUUCUAACCCUUUAGAGAGGAAAAAAAAUGUUCCUUUCGUAAAAUUUUGGCUAUCUGACAUCUGCAGGAAUGGAUGGUGGGGUAUGCUUGCACUGCAUAUGUAUCCCUCCUCUUGUGAACACUGUCUAGAUUGCUUCUUUUUAAUGCUGAAUGGUGGCUGUAUAAAUACAUGGAAGAUAACAUUGUAAAUUUGGGUAUUUGUUAGAGAUGGGUAGAGAAGCUUUUUUUUUUCCCUCUCUUUAUUUGAUGUUGGCAUUUACUAGAAGAUAACUGCUUGUCCAUCCAUAUUGCAUGGCAUGAUACAAAUUACUUGGGAUAUGCAGCAAUUAGCACUUGGUUUCAGUGCUAGUGCUGUUCUCUCUAGAAAGCCUGACAGAUGGUAGAAGUGAAAGCUUUCCCACUACUUUCCCCAGUAUGUUUUGCUGCCAAGUAAUUAUUACUUUACUGAUUUCUUCAGCGCCUUUUUCCAGUGGCAGUUACACAUUUUAUAACUUGCUAAACACCCGUGACUAGUCUUACUGCGAUGUGGUAUGGCCACAUGAGUAGGAAUGAGACUCUACUCUUCCUUGGAAGAAAAUAAAAGCAAUAACUGUUUUAAAGUUCUCACGAGCCGGCACAUAUUAUCUGGAGAGAUAGAUUUGCCUGUUUCCCAUUUAGGAAUCUUUUUUUAAAAAGAAGGAACUAGGUGGAGAUUAUCACUGGAUAACUUUUUUGCUUGAUAAUCAGAACCACUGCUGGUUUUUUCCAAGCCAAAGUAGUAAUUAUUUUAUACUUUUAUAUUAAAUAUAUAUUUUUAAUAAAUCCUCAGAUACAAGCAGCAAAAGGUGCUUUCUCUGCGUUGGAUUCCCAAGUAAUUAGCUAUGCCUUGGUCUUCCUUGUUUAGAAAAAGUCAUCUUCUUGCUGAAGUGUUGUAUUUGAUAACUUAUUACACAUUUUUGCUUCUAAAGGAUCUGGAAGACUACUUUUCUCUAUGUAUAUUUAUUUAUGAAAGGAGGUUAUUUGUAAUUAAUAUUGCUGCUUACUUUCAGACACACGUCUGUGACAGCGAGGCUACUGUGUCGUUUUUUAAUUUCCUCUUUAAACAAAAACUUCCAUUUGGUCUCUUAGAUAAGAGGUUUGUCCAAGAAAGAUUGCAGCAGUUGUCCUGGGCUGCUUCAGUAAUUCUAGCUAUGUCUAGAAGUGGAAUUUUUUUCAAAUGCAGUUCUUCUAUGGAGCAGCUUUGGGCUUUACUGGGUAAAAGCUGUUUUUUGAACACUGAGACAGGUUUCAAGUCUAAUGGAACAAAACUUGACCUCCCUAUUGUAGCUAACACUGUGGAAAAGAAACCUGGGAUUUUGAAAUUAGACAGGAAUGAACAUGACAAUACAGUGGAGCUGUACCUGCCUGAGCCUGGGCUGAACAUGGUCUCUCACACCCAACCUCCAUCUCAGGUUAUCCUGACAUAUUUACAAACUGUAGGAUGUGCCUACAGAGUUAGAGUGGCAGAGUGUGUUUACUACUGAAGCAGCCUCAUGAAGCGAAUGGGACUGAUUUCUCAUGUCAGCACCACCGCAGUGGAAAGUGUUGACAAGGUUACCCGUGGUGCAUUUGUAUGCUGAAAAAUAACUGUAAAAAAACCUGCUGGGCUUUUUUUGCAGCAGCAUUCUUGGUUCACAAGCAGAAAACAGCUUUCCACUUGCCCUUUUCACAAGUCCUUCUGGCGUACAGAGGCCAAACUGGAUUUUCUCUAGCUCUGCCAUUACAUUAUGCUUCAAAUAUAUUCUAUUACUGAUGUAAAUCUGCUGAUGGUGAGAAUUGUGACUACAGUCCCACAGGUGUUAAUUCAUGGAGCACUGGAAGGUUUAUGUUAGUAAAGGCAUUAAUGAAGCAGCAUUUCAAAACAUGAAAUCUUAGUAGUAGGGACAAAAUGUAUUUUCUCAUCCUUUACUGGAAUACUAGUCCUGUCUUGAGGAAAAAAAGACUUUUAAAAACCCUCAGUAAAGGAAGAAAACCUGACUCAAUAUUCACACUAGAGCAAAUGGUUGAAAGGGUGCUGUCAGGCUUCAAAAUUACGCUUCUGUCCAUAAAUUGUGUAUUUAAACAUUACAAUGUUAUUUUGAAUGGAAGCCCAGAAAAUAGAUUUUCCAAGUUUAUUUUGUAAGAUUACUUGCUGUCCUGGAUAAGUAGCUGAAUUUCUCUUUAUUUUGUGUAUCUUUUACAAAGUGACAGAGAAGUGUGGGGGUUUGGGUUUUGUUUAAGAAAUACAGAAUUAGAAGCUAGUGGGACAACCUUAUUUUUAACUUUCUCAAGCUGGUAGGUUCUGAGCUAAUGGUGCUGUUAUUACAGCUGCUUUUCUGACUAUUUUCUGCACUUUAAGCCAUGAUAUCGAAUAUGUUUCUCUCAUUUUCCAGCCGUGGACAUGGUCAUGAAAGUUACACCUUGGGCACAGCAUCGUAACUAUGUGCCAGAGGCAGUAACUAGACCUAAACACGUGGAUCUAAACCUUAAGAGUGCACUUAGAAUUUUUUUUUUAUCCCUUAUUUAUACUAAUGGUAUUAUGCAUUCACCUCAAGCAUUUUAAACAUUGGUUAUUGUAUAUCACUUAUUUAGAUAUAAAAUACUUCAAUGAAAUAAAAUAUACUCAAUUGUU